AUGGACAAGUCUGUGAAUAUGGACGUACACAAAGAUGAACAAUCAGAACUGGGAAGUGUACCAGAAUUGGAUAAGGCACCUGAGAGUGAAGAACCACGUCAAAGUCAUGAAAAUAAAAUGGUGGCAGAUAGUGGAAAACCAUUGGCGGAAACUAGUGCUGAGAGGGAUGGAGCUUACGUCGCUGUUGAAAAAAUACAUGGUACAAACGUACGACAAGAGUAUCAGGACCAGCGCAGUAAGCCGGAGGGUGAUGUUGAUGCCGAUGAACAAGAGACUGCGGCGAUUAAGCUUCAGGCCAAUUUUCGAGGUUAUCACACACGAAAAGUAUUAAAUGGACGACGUAAUUCAAAACGAUCAAAUUCAUCAUCUGAAAAUAGUCCCGAUUUAUUCAUUAGUCGUACAGCGACCAAUGACGAAGCCACACUUCCUGUCCGCGAAGAAUCAGAGCUUAAUGCAGCUAUGGUGAAAAAAGAUGAAAACAUAUUCUACGGUACAGAUCAACAAAAAGCUGAAGAAGAAGCGACUAAGAAUCAAGCUGAUCUUAUUAGCAGCGAAGCAGCUUAUACGAAAAAUGAUGCCGAUAAAUAUGAUAAUGCUAAAAAGGAACUAACAGCCGAAGUUCCAGUGAGUACACAAGAUCCUUUCGAAAUGCUGCUCCCUGUUCGGAAAAAGGGCCCCCAACUUCAAGAUUCACUUGAACUACUUUUGUCUACCCGUCGUCCAAACGCUCAACCAAUUGCUCCUGUGGAACCACCUACCCCUGUUAUUGCACCAAAACCAAAAGUGCUUAAAAUACCUGGUCUAAUUAGUCGAAUCUCUAACUAUUUACCCAGUCUAGCAAACACGAUUAUUAUUCUGGUUGUUUUGAUACCAUUUCUCUGGGCAAUGAGAGGACUUUUUAUUCCAUCAGAUAUAGUAACAUCAUCACCAUCAAUACGACGUUCCCCUCGUCAUUCCUCUAUAUUACAAGAACCAUCGAAUCCAGAUGAUCACAACGAAAAUCUAUCGAUGCCAGAUAUUCCACCAGUUCAAGAGGAAUCAGACAAAGAUCAUAAAAGAUCUCGUCAAGAUAGAAAUAUACCACCCGAAGUAACAGAACAACAGGAUGAUCAUGAAAAAUCUCUAAAAGCAUCAAAAAACUCAAAAGUGCUCACAGCGGAUAGAGAAAAGAAACGAAGAAAAAAGGAUCUGGUAGUGGACAAAAACAGCCUGAACCAUGAAGAUGUGGUCAUAGUUGAUAACGAACGAAGAAAAAAGGAUCUGGUAGUGGACAGAAACAGCCCGAAGCACGAACAUGUGGUCAUAGUUGAUAACGAAGAAAUGAUCCGUGUCGAAAAACCAAGUGACAAAUCUCGACGCCGAACACGAAUGCGUCCUUUUCCAGGUCGAUCAUUCGGAUUCUUAGCAAUGGACAAGAAAAUCCCAUUAGCUUCACGGCCACCAUCACCACCACUAUCACCACCACCAACAACAACAACAACAACAAAGAAAUUCAGUGUAAACUACUUGAGAGACGCUUUGAAAGGUAAACCGGAUUGUGUAGCGCCCCUUAGUAGAGCAUCCAACAUUGACGAAAAAGUAAUUCAACGUUUUCUUAACGGUGAUCGUACUAUUACGUUAGAUACCAUUGAUCAUCUAGCUGAUGCACUUGACCUUCGUGCCGUAUUCAUACCAAAAGACAAUGUCAAAAGCACAAGCAAAAAGGGAUUUAUCUCACUAUUAUAA